UACUACGUUCCUGUAGUCGGUUGGUUACCCAAAUAUGAUGUCAUGCUCAAUCUACAAGGAGAUAUCAUGGCUGGAAUCACUGUUGCCUUUUUGAUCAUCCCACAGUCUCUAUCCUAUGCCCAGGCUUUGGUUCAAGUUCCUCCUGUGUUUGGCUUGUACUCUGCCAUGAUCCCCCUGAUCGUCUAUUCUUUGUUGGGAACUUCCAGGCAAUUGGCUGUUGGUCCUGAAGCACUCGUGUCUAUUCUUGUUGGAUCCAGCGUUCUUGGAACUCAUGAUCCAAUGGAAAACGUACAGGCUACUACUCUGCUGUGUCUAAUGGUGGGCGUCUUUACAUUUCUCUUGGGCUUCUUUCGUCUAGGAUUUCUCGACUCGGUACUUUCUCGUGCGCUUUUGCGUGGAUUUGUCCUUGCUGUUGCCAUGGUGGUUAUGAUUGAUAUGUCAGAAACACUGUUUGGAAUUAUUCCUCCAGUGGGGCAAUGCAUUGCAAAUGUAACAGAAAAAACUGCAUCUCCUAUUGAAAAAUUGAUUCAUACCUUGAUCAAUCUUUCUCAUGCACACAUACUCACAACCAUCCUGUCUGUUACCAGUAUUCUUUUCUUGCUACUCUCUCGCCAGCUUAAGCGUCACUACAAGCAUGUAAAAUGGCUGCAGUUGGUGCCUGAGAUCUUGGUGCUUGUACUGACUUCGAUUAUUCUAUCACAAGUGUUCCGCUGGGAUUGUCAGGGUGUCGCCAUUUUGAAUCGAGUUUUAGCUCCAGAAACACCCGCAGAUGGCACUGAAUACAUUACUCAUCCAAUCCCCACGCUUGAAAAGGUUAAAUACCUCACACUUCCAGCCAUUCUCAUUUCAGUAAUUGGGUUUGUAGAGUCCAUUGUAGUGGCCAAAACAUACGCUUCAAAACAUCGAUAUACUGUUUCUCCCAAUCGCGAACUUGUUGCCAUUGGUGUUGGAAAUAUCGUUUCUUCCUUUUUUGGCGGAUUCCCUGGAUUUGGCUCGCUUGGUCGUUCUGCAGUAAACGACUCUGCAGGUGCUCGAACCCAAGUUGCUGGAUUUACCACUGGUGUCAUCGUGUACUGUACUUCAGUCUGGCUUCUUCCUUAUUUUGAAUUCCUCCCCAAAGCUGUCUGUUCAUCUAUUAUCGUAGUAGCUGCACUUAAACUGGUUGAAGUGGAGGACAUUGAGUUUAUCUUUCGUUUACACGCAUGGGGUGAUCUUGGGCUACUUCUUCUUACUUUUUGUUCCACUAUCUUUGUUUCCAUUGAAGUAGGAACAUUGAUCUCUGUUGGCGUGUCUCUGUUGCUUGUGGUAAAACAUACCACGCAGACGCGGUUGGCAAUACUAGGGAAAACGUUGGUAGUUGAUCCUUCCACCGGAAUAGUCAAGACUAAAUUCAGAAGCAUGCAUGAACAGAGUGGAAAAAUUGAACGUAUCGAAGGCGGAAUUGUUGUUCGCAUUGAAGAAGGAAUGUUUUUCGGAAAUGUUGGGCAAUUGAAGGAUCGCCUAAAGCGGAUUGAGGCAUAUGGUGAUUUAAGCGUGCAUCCAAGUGAAGAGCCAAGACUUUCUUUUAUUGACGACUCUGAUACGAUUAAAAGUGUUGUGUUUGACAUGACGGCGGUAAGUGAUAUUGAUGCCACAGCAACGCAAAUUAUGACUGAAAUUGUCCACGAGUACCACUCCAGAGGAAUUAUCGUAUGUUUUGUCAAACUUCGCGAAACUUGCAAGGAAUCGUUUGAACGGUCAGGAAUUUAUUCUGUAGUUGGCGAGCAGCACUUUUUUGGCAAGAUUCGUGAUGCCAUCGCUUACCUUGGUGCUGAGAGU